AUGGAAGCGAUGCGGUGGCAGGGGCUCGGCCUGCCGCUGGCGCGCCGGCGCCGGAUGCCGACCCGCACCUGCAAGGAGUGCCUGCGCAACCUGCUCCGGGCUGCGGAGGACGACGAGGACCUGCGCUGCCCGACGUGCCGGUCGGAGAUCGACGAGGCCUUUGCGAGCAGCGUCAUGUCCGCGGGCUGCCGGCACAACACCACGCUGCAGAGCCAGUGCGAGAGCCGCCACCCGAGGCCGUCUUGGCUGGCGGCGGUCUCCGCCUCGCUGUGCGUGCUGCUGCAGCUGCAGGCCCUCGCCCUGCCACACUUGCUCGGCGACGAGGCGCUAAGGGCGGCGGGCUCUCUGCACGGCGAGGCGGGGUGGAGGACCAGUGCUGCCAUCUUCCUGCACACGAGCUGGGCGAGCCUUCUGAUGGGGAUGGACCUUGCCGCCCUGCUGCUGACCGUCCACCUCGGCCUCUACCCGGCGGCGAUGCGGAUCGAGAUGCAGGCCUGGUCCCACACCUCCAGAGCCGGCGUGCCGUGGCUGCGCGGCUCGGCCACCUGCUGCGGCGUCGCCGCCGUCGCCGCCGCUCGCGCCUUCGUCUGGGCGGGAGGCCGGCUGGAGGCGUUCCUUCCCGCCGCGGCUCUCGCGGCUGCCGUCGGGCUCCACCACGCCGUCGGCCUCCGCCUCCGCCUCUUUGACCCGGCCAUAGGACCGCAAGUGGCGCUCUGCCUCGCCUCGAGCCUGCUCUGCUGCUCGGUCGCCUACGCGAUGCUCUCCUCCCCGAGCCCCGAGGGGGGGGGGGAGGCGCAGCUCACUUGCGCACACGACCCGGCCGGAGCCUUCGCCGGCGAGAGCGAGGCGUCUGCGGCGCCUCUCCCGCCGCCGCCGCCGCCGCCGCUCUCGCUGCCGCUUCCUCUCGGCCUCGGCGUGGCGGUGUCGCUCUGCACGCUGCCCAAGUUCGUGCUCGGCCACAGCGACGAGCGGGGCAGCCUGUUGUACCGACAGACGGUGACUGGCCUCGAGCUGAGCAGCGCCGCCUUUGGGCUGUGGCACACGGGCGUCUCGUGGCUCCGCUCGCUACUCUUCGGCUGGGCGCUCGUCUGUCUCGUCUCGUCGUACACCGACUGGCGAUCUUCUCGCCACUUUGGGUACCUCGCGUUUUGGCGGCCGGGCGACCCGCAGCCGCGGCUGAUGAGCGCGAUGUACUCCGCGCCGGUGACGGUACUUGUGCUGGCAGCCUACCUCAUCCUCGGCCGCGCCCUCG